GCCAUGCGUCGCAAUUCCCUCCGAUCUGUUCUAGUCCAGCUAUAACAAUACACCAUUAAGAUUCAAACCACUCCAACCACAUCGAGAUCCGAUCUACAUGCUCUAUACAAUACAACACUCCUAAUUCGUCAUCGUCAUCAUCAUUAAUUGCCCACCAUGUUCUCCGUCAUCAUACCAGACCAUCCGUGCCUCACAGACAUCGUCGCCGUCGAAACACAACCAAACGGCCAAACCUCAAAAUUCGCCUUCAAUUUCCCCCUCCCGCCCAAACUCACUGAACUCGUCGUCUUCUUUCUCCCCGGCACUGUCCUCCCGCCCGAUACCGCCGCUGCGAUUUACAUUCAAUUCCCUGAUCCGAACAACAAUGCACCCCAGUUUAAGUUUAUCGGAGCGCUAGCGAAUGAGAGACCCUCUGCGAUUCUUAAAGUCCAGGCGCCGCAAAUCCCAGGACUACAAAAUGGCAAUGCGAUGGGCGGCGCAGCUCCAAUGGUGACGUUGGGGAUCUCGCUUGAACCUGUUCAGGCCGUUGCACCGCAGGUUGCUGCGCUGGAGGCGGAGCAAGCUGGUGGUGGCGCGGGGCAGUCGCUGGAGCUGGUACGACAUAACCGACAGCAGAAGGAAAUUACUACGAAGGUGCUGGCGCAGAGGAUUAUUGGCAAUGCGUUUAAUUUCUUGGCCAGCUUUGCGUCUGAGGAUCCGAGCAAUAGAGGACAGGAAACUGUUCCGUUGAAGACUUUUCGUGAUUGGUGGACGAAGUUUGAGAGGAAGGUCGAGAUGGAUCCGACGUUUUUGGAGAGGGAGGAUCCGUCGGCUUCGGGGUGAUGUGGUGCUAAACUUGUUUCAUUCGGAUUUUGUUGCUUGGUUCCGAGGGUUUGUCGAUUUUGAGCGCUUGCAUUUCGGUGGUUUAUGUAAUUCGGUGUCUCUGAUUUUAUAGGUCGCUCUAUACCCAUCGUUUAUGGUCAUCUGGCUAGAUGCGCUUGGGUUUGAGGUUUUAACCAUUUGCAUCUUU